UCAUGCACUUUCCAGCCUCGUAAAACUUCCGUUAUUCUGUUUCUUUAUGUAUAAUUCAACCUUCUAAACUCCCUGACCGACGCUGAGCUGAAUAUCAUAAACUUAACGAGGGAUUUUGUAAGAUGGCAAGGUCGGAUGAAGCCACGGCUUUCUUCACCGCUGUAUACGCCGCCAUACAGGAAAUCCCCCAUGGCAAAGUCACAAGUUACGGGCACAUCGCUAAGUUAAUCGGAACCCCUGAGCGGCCACGCCAAGUUGGCAUAUGCCUUAAACAUCUUCCUCAAGAUACGGAUGCCCGCUUUAAUCACGAAAAUGUCCCCUGGCAAAGGGUUAUAAACGCUAAGGGCAUAAUAUCACCCAGAUCACAGCCUUCAGGAGCGCGAAAUCAGGCGGCUGCUCUAGAAGCGGAGGGUGUUACGGUAACUACCGACGCGCUCGGUGAGCUUAUGGUGGACUUCUCCGAGUUUGGGUGGUUUCCCGAUGUACUGCCUUCGGAGGUAGAAGAAUGAUUAACUGUGCAUCAAAAUUACGAGGUAAUGGUGGGACCACGGAAGCUUUAUUUGGCUGGGCGCGUUGCACAAUUCGAUUUUUGAUGAGCGGUCGACUCGUAAAGACGAAGCAAAAUGAUACGAAAGGGUUGGCAAUCCCACACCACUUAAAUUAUACCUAGAUAGAGGCCGCCAAUGUUAGCAAGAACUCUCAUAGGAGCAUGAGAAU